AUGAAGCCGGGACGGUUGCCACUGCGGGCACAGCCACGGCCACGGCCAGUAUGCCAAUUGUGCGAUUACAUCCUGCAGCAGCCUGCCAGUCGCCGCCCGUUUCUGGCCGCGUCAUCCAUCAAGGCACCUGGGACACCACCCUCGUAUAUGAUACGGCGCACGCCUGCACGCCUAAUACCACGCAUAGUACCCGCCCGCAGCAUUACGACGACGGUCCGGAAGGGGCAAGAGCUGGAAGAUGAGAGCAAUGGGCAUCUACAGAUGUCGGAUCGCAUCGCUAUGGUGAGGGCAAAACUUGAAAGCGUCGAGUCUCAGAUCCGAGAAAUAUAUCGAAUACCCAAAGUGCCAACCGAAGCUGUUAUAUUGGGCAUAUUAGAUGAAUUGGACCAAAUUUCCCAGCUGUCCAUCGCCAUACGGUCAGGGCAGCCUCCACCAACCAACCCAUCUAUACAACAAAGUUCUGCGGGCGCAAUCCUCUCAGGGCUGCGAAGCGACGAAAACACCAGCACCCACAAGGUUGUCCGAAAGAAGUCACUCGGUUUUGACGCUCUCCCUUCGCCCUCGUACCUCUCCAAACUUGCAGAGGACUUAAUCAAGAAUGAAAAGGUCUUUAUCUCUCCCGAUAUCCUCGGCCAUUACAUUUACUUACAGCGACUUCUCGCCCGACCGAAAACGAUCCCAGAGGCCCUCUACCUCUACGCACACAAGCCUGUCCCGGAAGAAGGCUCCUCGCCUCCCAAAUUCUCGAAACCCUCUCCCAAGUCUGUAAAACAGGCUGUCCCCGCGGAUCUCGCCAACGACGCCCUCACAGCAGCAAUCCAAGCCAAGGACCUCUCCCUCGCUCUUGCCGUCGUCGACCAAACCUACCGGACCCCAGCAUGGCGUCGCCACCGCAUGAUCACAAAGAUGGGUCUUCCUGCUGCCAUAGCCAGCCUCACACCCCUCGCCAUCUACAUGGUUGCACAAGAACUUUCCGUCUACAGCGGUUACAUUGACCCCGCCAUCUUCAAGCUCUAUGCCUUUUUGGGGAUGAGCACCUAUGUCCUCUGCACGGGUACACUCGGCUUUGUGGCCUGGACCACCCACAACGAUCAUCAUGACCGUGUGGUUUGGCGGCCUGGUGUUCCGCUGUUGGAUCGUUUCUUGCACGAGGAUGAGCGCGCGGCCCUGGACAGGAUUGCGUGCGCUUGGGGGUUUAAGGAAGAGUGGAGAAGAGGUGAUGAGGAGGGUGAGGAGUGGGAGGGCUUGAGGCAAUGGAUUCUGCUAAGGGGAAUGGUGUUGGACAAACCGGACUUGAUGCCGGGUAUGAAUACGAGUAGGUGA